AUGAGCAGUGAUGAAGAAAUUGGUGAACUGAAAGUUGUAUACGACUUUAUUGCUCAGGCUAAAUUCAAAAAAGCUUUUGCUAGUGCGACGAAAGUGCUCGACCAGCGGUCACCCCCUUCACCGGAUGCCGAGGAGGAAGAUCCGCUACGGGAGCUGUUUCUGUUCGUCGUAACCAAGUAUGCGGACCAGCUGGAACAGGAGGGCAAAAUCGAACAAGUGUUUGAAAUCAUCGAGCAGGGUUUGGAAUACUUUCCGGAACACCCGGAGCUACUGAACGAGACGGGCGUGCGGCUGCAAAGAUAUGGCCGCUCGUUGGAGGCUUCCAUCUGCUUCGAACGUGUGCUGCUGCAGGAUUCUCGCUACCUGAAAGCCUACCAAAAUCUGCAGAACACCAAGUGCGAGCUUGUCGAAAGAUGGCAUUUCCGCAUGCUAAACGACGUUGUGCGCAAUGCAGCAUUUCGGGCCGCGAUCGAGCGCCAGAUCGCUGGAGGAUACAACGAAGUGCUCGACAUUGGCACCGGUACCGGUUUGCUGUCGAUGUACGCUUUGCGAUGCGAGGGCAUACGCAAGGCGGCAGCUUGUGAUGGAUCCGAAAUAAUGGUGCAAAUCGCACGGGAUGUGUUUGGCGCUAACGGGCUGAGCGAUCGGAUCUGUUUGUUUCAGAGCUUUUCGCAGGAUUUAAAAAUCGGCGAACGUUUCUCGCUUAUCAUUACGGAAACGCUUGAUUCCGGUGCGUUUGGCGAGGGAAUACUGGAAACGUUAAUCCACGCCAAAAAGCAUCUACUGCUGCCGGAAGGCAAAAUCAUUCCGGCGAAGGUAACGCUGCAUGCCUCCGGCUAUCAAUCGCGCGCCUUAACCGCAAGCAAUAUUUUAAUCAACGAAGCAUUCAUAGACGAUUUCGCAUUGCCUAGCAACUGUUUGCUUUCUAAAGAAGGUACGAAGUGCUACGAUGCAGAGGAUGUAGGCCGCAUCCAGGCGAACGAUGAUUUUGAGUUCGUGACCGAUACCGUCGUAUCGUUGGAGGUUGAUUUCAACGAUCUCGACUCGUUGAUGCGCUAUCAUGAUGGUACGGAGGCGGGCGAGGUAGAGCUGACCUGUCUGGAUGAUGGUCUCCUGCUGGACGGUUUUGUCGUAUGGUUCGACCUACAGCUCGACGAAACGCAAGCCAUUAGUACGGACCCUACCACCAGCACGUGCUGGAACCAGGCCAUCUUUCGACUGAACCAGCGCCUGCCGGUUGCGAAGGAUCAACGGUUGAAGCUAUCGAUGUCUUGCAAGGACGGUGCACUCUCUAUUGCCCACAACUUGUACUCAGUCGACAAUCAAAUAAGUGUGGACGAACAUGUACUCGAGUUUCUAAAUGACAACGAGUACUACAGCAGCCUAAUCGAGGCUACCGAAGGGCUGGACGACAUGGAAAAAGUACUCGACCUGUCGCUUUUCCCCUACGCAGGGCUGAAACUGCUCAAAGAGGGCAAAGCGCGGAUGUUGUUCUGCCUCGAUCAGACCGAGGAUUUGAUUGAGUUUAUUGCAAAUCAAAACGAUAUUCCCAUGGGUAGUAUUAUGUUGGUGAACUCACUCCAAGAGAUAUUUCUGCUAAACGACUAUACGCUGGAUUUAAUUAUUCUGCAACCGGUUGAUGUGUUCGGUCAGAUCAACAGUGAGCACUUUUGCCUUUAUCAAUCGUUGCUGGCCAAGUUAAAACCCAUCGGAACAGUGAUACCGUCAUCGCUCGAGCUGCACGGUAGCUUGAUCGAGUCGGACUGGAUCGUGAAGUGUAGUCGGGUAGAAAACCCGGAACUGGAACAAUUUCAAAUCGACAAGUAUCUAGCUUCACUGGAAACCGAGAAUCAUCUAGAUCUGGGCCCGUUUUCCUACCGCAAUCUUUCCAACAAUGUCAAGCUUGCAGAUAUACCGUUCGAUGGAAAGCUACACGAAACUGCGCUGGAAUUGGCCCUUUGCGAACCAACCGUACCAAAACGUGUACACGCCAUACUGUAUCACUAUAAAAUUGGAUUCACUCCAGAGCGUCCAAUGCUAGGAACGGAUCGGGUUCAGUCUUUUGCUAAGCGAUCUGCAUUCAUCAUUCCAAAGUCUACAUUCCAUGGAACGUCGUGUGACGAGCCAGGCGCAUCUGAAGAAGCGCAUCAGAUCGAGCAGCUCCACAUUACCGUACUACAGAACCAUGGAGUUAUUAAAUGUGAUAUUGCUUCCGUUCGAGAGUAAUACAAUCGAUGGUCAAGCAAACCGAUAUGCAAUAUACCAAGCACAAUGCUUAAUAAUUCGUAGCCACGUGAACAACCAAUAACCUCUAAUAAGACCCACCACUAUAACAAAACCACAACUAAACCCAUGAUGGUACCGCCACAGUAGCCACAGAAUUACACUGCUAAGAUUGAUUUUAUCCUAGUAACAUAGCAUUAGCGACGCAGUAUUAGCGACCACGAGUAGCAUCAACACCUUUUGCAUUCCCGAUCAAGCUAAUGCAUUGUAAUCAUUCGAUGCUAAAUUCUAAUAACUUAGUGAGAGCAAUCAAUGUAGUGAGUUGUAGUUGAAGGUAGUUGAAUAGAAGAGCAAAACAUAAUGAAAAUUUCAUCGCAUCACACCCACCCUAUGGGAGGAUUAGAAGUAGCGAGGAUUUUUAGAUGAUAGCAUGCAGUAGCACUACGGUACGGUUAAAAAACAACGGGAAAACGCAAAAGCAAUACAUACACUCAAGUAGACCAAUAUUACCAUUUUAUCAGCACAGUGAAGGAUAUUGAAAACAAAUUGUGAUUGGAUGUUUGCAAAUCCACAUAUCAGCAUUACCUUUGAUGCGAUACUGUGUCCCAAUGUGCAAUUGCUGUAUCUCCAAUUAAAUGUACUUCUUUCAUCAGCAAAAUAAAACAGGACCAUUCCAAUGAAUGAAAUGUAA